GCCCAUUCCGUUUGCAUCAUAACCCAUGAGCGGCCUGGGCGAGAACAGUGGGCGAAGUGGAGUGUGCGCUGGGGCCGGGAACGUGCUCCGGGGCCGGGGGAUGAGCGAGGAGUAUUUCGGCAGCGCGGCGGACUGGGAAGAGCAGGAUGGUUCCAUGCAUGAUGAAGAUGAAGGGGAUGGCGAAGACGAUGCAGAGGUGCAACAGGAAUGCCUACAGAAAUUUUCCAGUAGAGAUUACAUAAUGGAACCACCUAUCUUCAACACAUUGAAAAGGUACUUCCAGGCAGGUGGUUCUCCAGAGCAUGUGAUCCAGAUGCUGUCUGAGAACUAUACAGCAGUAGCACAGACUGUAAAUCUGCUGGCAGAGUGGCUUAUUCACACAGGAGUGGAACCAUCACACGUUCAGGAAACUGUGGAAAACCAUUUGAAGAAUUUGCUAAUUAAGCAUUUUGAUCCUCGGAAAGCUGAUUCCAUUUUCACAGAGGAGGGGGAGACGCCAGCUUGGCUGGAGCAGAUGAUUGCUCAUGUAACUUGGAGAGACCUCUUCUAUAAACUGGCAGAAGCUCAUCCUGACUGUUUGAUGCUCAAUUUUACUGUCAAGCUGAUCUCAGAUGCUGGAUACCAGGGGGAAAUUACCAGUGUGUCAACGGCCUGCCAGCAGCUGGAGGUCUUCUCCCGAGUCCUACGCACAUCCCUCGCCACACUUGUUGAUGGAGGUGAAGAACAUUUGGAGAAAAACCUGCCUGAAUUUGCAAAAAUGGUAUGUCAUGGGGAGCACACAUACCUGUAUGCUCAGUCUAUAAUGUCUGUGUUGGCCCAGGAAGAGCAAGGGGGUGCAGCUGUCCGAAGAAUUGCACAGGAAGUUCAGAGAUAUGCACAUGAGAAAGGUCACGAUGCCAGUCAGAUUACUUUAGCGCUGGGCACAGCUGCAUCUUAUCCCCGAGCUUGUCAGGCACUGGGUGCCAUGCUAUCGAAAGGAGCACUGAAUCCUGCUGAUAUCACAGUGUUAUACAAGAUGUUCACAAGCAUGGAUCCACCGCCUGUAGAACUGAUUAGAGUCCCGGCUUUCCUUGAUCUUUUCAUGCAAUCUCUCUUCAAACCGGGUUCCAAGAUCAAUCCUGAGCAUAAACACAAGUAUAUCUACAUCCUAGCCUAUGCAGCAAGUGUGGUGGAGUCAUGGAAGAAGAACAAAAGAUUUAACAUCAACAAAGAUGAGCUAAAAUCCACCUCGAAGGCAAUUGAGACUGUCCAUAAUCUGUGCUGCAAUGAAAACAAAGGGGCUUCAGAGCUGAUUGCUGAACUGGGCACCCUUUAUCAGUGUAUUCGGUUCCCGGUGGUAGCAAUGGGAGUGCUGAAAUGGGUUGAUUGGACGGUGUCAGAGCCCAGCUAUUUUCAGCUACAGACAGACCAUACACCUGUUCACUUGGCCUUACUAGAUGAGAUAAGUACCUGCCACCAACUUCUCCAUCCACAGGUCUUGCAGCUCCUUGUUAAACUCUUUGAGACCGAGCAUUCCCAGCUUGACGUCAUGGAGCAGCUGGAGCUGAAGAAGACCCUGCUGGACCGAAUGGUUCACUUGUUGAGUCGUGGCUACGUCCUGCCUGUGGUCAGCUACAUCCGCAAGUGUUUGGAGAAGCUAGACACAGACAUUUCACUGAUCAGAUACUUUGUGACAGAGGUUCUGGAUGUCAUUGCCCCUCCAUACACCUCAGACUUUGUCCACCUCUUUCUUCCGAUUCUGGAGAACGACAGCAUUGUUGGUACAAUUAAAACUGAAGGGGAGUGCGAUGCUGUGGCAGAGUUUAUUGCACACUGCAAAUCCAACUUUAUCAUGGUGAACUAGCACGGAGAAGGAAACACGGGAAUAGAGAGCGGCCAGCGGAGGAUGUGCAAGAUCUUUCUGAGACAUGAGACAAUGAUGGAACACUGUGUGUCAUGUAAAAUUGAUCCAAGAAUUGUGAGCGAGACCCAGCAGCAGUUAAAUAGAUGAAUAAUGAUUAGAUUUUGUACUUUAUUUUAUAUAAGUGAUGUAAAAUAUAGAAGCCUUUUUCUUCUUUUCUGCAAUUGACUUUGGAAAAUAAACUGAGUUUGGAACUGAUGUGUUAAAAAUAAAUAACGGUGUUGUACUUUCA